AUGCAACGCACUCCUGCUGAAUUGCUAUCGACGGAUUUUUUUUUGAUCCCUGUUAUCAUCUUCGCAAUCUUCUUGGGUUUUAUCGUGUUGCUGUUCAUAAUUGCAAUUAUAUACAGGCAUCACUUGAUGAAAAAAUAUGGUAUUGGUUUCCUACCAUAUGGCGCACAAACCAUCGUCAUUACACAACCAACUGGCCAAAAUCAACAAAAUGAGCUAAUGCCUGGAGUUGAAAUAAUUCCAGGAAUGAAUUCUUUCGACAGAAGGCAGCAGUUCGCCUUGCUACAGCAACCUCCGCAGCAAGAUUACCUGCCGGGAGCACCAGCAUCGGCGCCAGCAAUGCCACCACCAUAUCCAGUUGACAGUCAGAAAUCUUGA